GUGCAUUGGAGCAACCCUUACGGGCCCGACCCGCCAGCGGAGGUGGCACCUCCUGCUGCGGAGCCGGUGAUUGAAGAUGCUUUCCAGAAGGCGACCAAGCUCUCUGCAAUUUCGAGCUGUCGCGAGGAAGGUUUCGGGCCUGGUAGCUCGUUUGCGGAUGAUAAGUCGGAUCCUUGCAGCUCCACUCCCCCAGUGGAGGAGCCGGCUUUCGCAGCCUUGGCAAACCUGCGCGUGUAUGCAGAAAUGCCGGGCGCACCAGCGUCUUUUACAUUGUCCGAGUACUACAGCAGACAAGGACCCCUGUCGCCGUGCUCCCCGGCGCCAACGGAAAACUACGGCGGACGAGAGGCGCGAUUUUCGCAAGCACUUACUGAGUACAACUACGGCAGACAGGGGCUGUCAUCUCCUGCGCCCACAGAGUAUAUCUUCGACCGACAGGAAUGGUCACCAGCGUCCACGCAAAUCGGAGCUCCAUUGCCCGAACACGGCGGACAGGGCUUGGCAGGAGGUUUCAGCCCCAGAUUCCCACAGGGAGUGCCAAGCAAGCCUGACGAUUUGCUGCGGCAGCACAAUGACUGUCCACCUGGGAUGCCACCUCCGGAUGACAGCACUGCCCACCGGAAUUGGCCUCACUUCUUUCAGGACCGAAAUGAAAUCAGCGAGCACUGCCUUGAGCAGUGUUCAUCUCAAUGGAUGACAGGAUCCUACUUGCCCAUCGUGGUUUUGGAUUUUCCGAUAGUUUACGGGAAGUGCUCCAGAGCCGUGUGUGUGAACUGCCUGCAAAAAAAGAACGGCCAGACUUUCCGCUGCAGCUGUGGCCUCGAGCCGAAGAUCGAUAGCACACAUUGGAUGAUCGGAGCAUACAACUCCGUCAUGAGCGCGUUGGAUUUCAUCACCGGCGCAAAGCCUGCCCGAGUGUCCGAGGGCUACACUGCCAUGCCCUCGCGGAGCGACGCACAUUCUGUGCCAAGUCCUCUGCUGGAACUUCCACCGGCUCCAAGCAAUGCAUUGCCACAGCACCGGACGCUCUGUCCGGCUACUACCACGGAGAUGCUUCCUCCCUCUGCACCUCUGCCGGCACCGCCGUCAUUGCCGUCCCUUUUGGGCCAUCGGCGUCGUGCCUCCCACGUCGCUGACGUCUUCAAGACGUUGAGGGACCCCAGAAGAGUCUGGUUCGCCUUUCCCUCCGGUGAUAUCGGGACCAAGGACGUGCUCCAGACCAGACCUUCCGUUGCAGCUGUGGAGAUGAGCCGAAUCUUCGGCUCAUCACCACAUGCAGCGGAAGGCUACGACAUGGGACCAGGGCAUGCGUGCAAGCAGAAAGGAGCCUUGGUCCUGCUGCAGCCCACGCUGGCAGCACUGACGCAGCGCUACGAGGAGAGCUGCACAUCCUUGAACCCCAAGCCUGAGCUCCUGGAAGCUUCACUCGUGGGUAGCCUAGCGUUGCUUCUUUGGUUGCUUGGGCGACUUCGAUCGAAGAUGCCUACACCUUCCCUUGGUGGUCGGGAGCCACCGAUGCACAACGUUGCCGGAGAUCCGAGGACUUCCACAACUACUGAUUCCGAUUUCUACACCGCCUGGUGUCGGAUGUAUUCGUACGAGCUCUUCACACCGAAGACCAGCGAGGUCUCCACAGUGUGGGACGCCUUCUUUCACCCACCCCCUCCUCCACCUCCUCCGCCCCGGCACCGACGUUCUUCGCUCUGGGAUGUUUCGGCCACUGUGCCGCAAGAGCGGCCCGAGAAUGGCUCCGAGGUGCAAUGGGGCAAUCCUUACGGGCCCGACCCGCCAGCGGAGGUGGCACCUCCUGCUGCGGAGUCGGUGAUUGAAGAUGCUUUCCAGAAGGCGACCAAGCUCUCUGCAAUUUCGAGCUCAUGUCGCGAGGAAGGUUUCGGGCCUGGUAGCACGUUUGCGGAUGAUAAGUCGGACCCAUGUAGCUCCACUCCCCCAGUGGAGGAGCCGGCUUUCGCAGCCUUGGCAAACCUGCGCGUGUAUGCAGAAAUGCCGGGCGCACCAGAAUCCUUUACAUUGUCCGAGUACUACAGCAGACAAGGUCCCCUGUCGCCGUGCUCCCCGGCGCCAACGGAAAUCUACGGCGGACGAGAGGCGCGAUUUUCGCAAGCACUUACUGAGUACAACUACGGCAGACGGGGGCUGUCAUCUCCUGCGCCCACAGAGUAUUUCUUCGACCGAGAGGCAUGGUCACCAGCGUCCACGCAAAUCGGAGCUCCAUUGCCCGAGCACGGCGGACAGGGCUUGGCAGGAGGUUUCAGCCCCAGAUUCCCACCGGGAGUGCCAAUCAAACCUGACGGUUUGCUGCAUGAGCACAACGACUGUCCGUUUGGGAUGCCACCUCCGGAUGACAGCACUGCCCACCGGAAUUGGCCUCACUUCUGCCAGGACCCAAAUGAACUCAGCGAGAACUGCUUUGAAAAGUGCUCAGCUCACUGGCCCUGGGAUCCUUUUUCGAUCACCAUUGCCCGAAGCUUGGUCAGCGUUAGGAAGUGCUCCAGAGCCACUUGCAAGAAGUGCCUGGAGAAAAUGAGCGGACAGACUUGCCGCUGCAGCUGUGGGCAUGAGCUGAAGAUCGAAAGUACACUUUCGCUGAUCGGAGCAUACAACUACGUGCUGAACGCGUUGGAUUUCAUCACCGGCGCAAAGCCUGCCGGCGCGGAGGGCUACACUGCCAUGCCCUCGCGGAGCGACGCACAUUCUGUGCCAAGUCCUCUGCUGGAACUUCCAUCGACAUCAAGCACUGCAUUGCCUGCCACAGCACCGGACGCUUUGUCCGACUACUACUAA